CAGCCACCAUCUCCUGUGGUAAAGUCCCUGGCCUCGACCCUUUGUGGGCAUCCAUUCGUUCGACCUUGCUUCCGUUCCUCCCCCAUCCUAAUCGCUGGCAGACCUCUGCUUCAACAUGGCGGCUCUAGCAAUCGAUGUCAACCAACUCAAGGUCGCCGCAGUGGUGGCCUUCUACAUGUGCUCGGCGCUAAUCAUGGUCUUCGUUAACAAGGCCGUGUUGAACAACUCCCCGGACCUCCCCCUUCUCUUCCUUCUCUUCCAGCUACUUAUCGCCGUCAUUUUGCUCCACGUAUCGGCCGCCUUCAGUAGCAAGAUCGAGAUACCCAAGUUCGACAAAGCUGUUGCAAAAAAGCUCAUCCCUGUCGUGACUGUCAACAUCGUUGGCCUUGUAUUCAAUACUUUGUGUCUCCGAGAUGUUGAAGCGUCCUUCUUCCAGAUUGCAAGGGGACUGGUUCUGCCGCUCACUAUUGUUGUCUCCUCUGCCCACACCAGAACAACUCCAGGGAAGAAAGUUGUUUUUGCAGCAGCAGUUGUCACGGUGGGCUUUAUGAUCGGCGUUGCGCCCUCGAAGGAUCUCCCGAAGUCAUCCAUCCCGUCAACGUUGUCGCUCUUUUACGGGGUCCUCUCCUCCCUCUUCAUUGCUUUCCAUGCCGUCUUGAUUAAGAGCUCGUUACCUCACUGUAACAACUCGACGAUCCAGCUCGCUUGGUGGACAAAUGUCGGCUCCGCCGUGAUGCUGUUCCCAUUCGUAUGGAUUCACGGGGAGCCCUGGAAAGUUUUGGAUCUGUAUUUCUUGGAGAAUUGGGACUGGAGGGUCUUUGCCUGGGGAACUCUUGUCACUGGCGUCUUUGGAUUCUUGCUAUGCGUUGCAGGUCUCUUGAGUAUCAAAGUCACUAGCCCUAUCACCCACAUGUUCUCUAGCGCUGCACGUUCCGUGCUACAGACCCUUAUCGGUGUUUGGGCGUUUAAAGACAUCCUGAAUGUAAACCGCGGCCUUUCCAUCUUAAUUAUCCUAGUCGGAACCAUGUACUAUACUUGGCUUAAGUCUCAGCCCGCUUCACCGCCUUCCAAUCGCCGCGAGAACGACCCCGAAGCUGCCAUUCCCCUCACCUCGGGUUCGGAAGAUCAAGAGAAGGAGAAGGUCUAA